CUCUUAUUUUUAUCCGCACUUUUUUGUAAGAUUUACUUUAUCGGAAUGUUUAGCCAAAUGAAGGACUCAAAAUGCAAACAACGAGUUGCUGUUGAUAUGCAGUUUCAAAGUUUAAUGCCACUAAAGGAUAUUCGACGUAUCUUUGUCCAACUAUCGCAUGCUUACGGUUUAAAUCGUCGAGCAGAGAAUCCAUUACAGCUUAGUAUUGUUAAUUUUUCAGGCGUUCAAAGUAAGAUUUUCUACGCGAAUCCAAGCAAUCAUCAUUGGGAUGUAAUGUUUGACGAACGGCCUCUGGAUUCCGUGUUUGAAAAAACUGAUAUUGUUUAUUUAACGGCAGAUUCCAAAAAUGUGUUGCAAAAAUUGGACAGUUCAAAAGUAUAUGUAAUUGGGGGAUUGUUAGAUCAUAAUUCGCUAAAAGGUCAUUGUUUGGAAAUAGCCAAAAAGGAAGGAUAUGCUCACGCGCGGUUACCAAUUGAUGAACAUGUUUCAGUUUUGACAAUCAAUCAGGUCUUUCAAGUUUUGCUACGCUACACGGAAAAUAAUUCAUGGAAACAAUCAUUUCUUGAAGUAAUUCCGCGAAGAAAAGGCGUACUCAGCAUUAUGGAACGUUUCGAACUAAUGAACGGUUAUAUCCAAAAAAAUGAUGUAUGUGCCAACAUUGUAAGCAACGUGUGA